AUGAAGGACUUCGAAGAAUGGCUGCAUAAAGCGGAGAAGACCUUCAAUGUCAUUAAGGAAGAUAUCGGUACCGACCCAGAGUCUUUAAAUGUGCAAGCCAGACAGAUUAAAAUGUUCAAAGAUGAAGUUAAUGAACACAAACCAGAAUUAAUGUCUCUCAAUGAAGAAGGUCAAAAGGUCAUUGAUAAUGGAAAGGAUUGCAAAAAGAUGUUAGCUGACUUCCGUAAAACUACCCUACCGAAAGAAUUCAACGAAACAUUCGUGGAAGAACCUGCAACUAACAUCACACGAAUCAAACUCGUCAACAUCAAUGAAAGAUACGAGAAACUGAGUCAGUUAUUUGCUCAGCAUCUAGAGAAGUUGAACACUCUAGAGGAGAAACACCAGAAAUACCACGAUGUGUUGUCUGAGUUAGUGCCAUGGCUUGAAGACACUGAGAAGAUUGUUAACAAGCAAGCUAGGGAGCCUGUUGCCUCAGAGCCAAAGAAGAUGCAAAAGCAGAUUGCGAAAUCAAAGAGUGUAAGUGAUGACAUCAUUGCUCAUGGCGUUGAGGUUGAGAGAGCCCAUGAUACUGGUGAGGACUUGGCCGAACAUCAACCGGAAAUCAAGCCAGAAGUAGAAGGACAACUCUCUGAGAUUGACGAGAAGUACCACCAAGUUGAAUACAUGUCAACUGAUAGAGUGCUGCAAGUUGACAUUGACAGUCAUAAACCAAGCGUGGACACCAUCCAAGAGGCAGCUUCAAAACUAGUAUCUCAAGGUGAACCUUCUGCGACAAAGCCGCUGCAAGUGAAACUUGACAGUCUUAGUGAUCGAUACCAGCGGGCCAGUGAUAAAAUCGAAAGGUGGGCCGACUAUCUGCAGUCUGAUCUUGAUCAUCUUUCCGAUCUUCUGAAAGACGUUGAGGAACUUGAAGACUGGUUGGUACCAGCGCUUGAGGAUCUCCAGUCACCCAAAGUUGACAAACUCAACCCGACCGAACUUGGCAAGAAAUUGACCGGAGUAAGCCAUGAGGUUGACACUCAUCGUCCACUGUAUAAGAAGAUUAAACAGCUUGGACAUGACAUCGUUAAAGAUCCACAAGCUACCGACACAUCCAUGGUGUCCGAAAUCUUGAAGAACGUUGACAAGAAUUGGGAUGCUUUGGAAGACACACUUGACCGAAGAAAUAAGAAGCUUCAAGACAAAGAGAAAACGUACAAGAAGUUUAGCAAGACUACUAAAGAUGCUGACGAUUGGUUGGGUACCAUGGAAACCAAGUUUGAAGACUUGGAACCCGCCACUCAUGAGAAACCUACACUAGAAAAACAAAUUGAGGAACAAAAGCCAAUCCAGAAGGAAGUUGAAAAUUACAAACCUAAGAUUGAGGAAGUUAAAACGAUUGGUUCACAUUUGGAUACUCUGAAUGAACCUGAUGAAGCAGUUACCAUGGCAGCACCAGUACGUAGGAGUGCCUUGAUAGCGGAACCAGAUACACUAGGAAAGGUCACCAGGAAACCAACUGUGGUUGCACCAGGUGAUCUUCUCAAAGGUCCAACAGCCGCUCAGAACAAAGUUGCGGAUAUCACAGAGAGGUACGACUCUCUUGAACAUAAACUGGACGACCGACAAACGUCUUUAAUGGACAACCUUAGUGUUGCAACAGCUCUGGAAGAGAAGACAGAUGCCUUGGAAGACGUGAAGAGUUGGAUUGGUGAUGUAGAAAAAGUACUGAAAGAAGAGAAACCAAAGACGGAUGAUUCUGAUAAACUGAAAGAUCAGAUGGACAAAGAAAAGGCCCUACAAGAGGAUAUUCGUGAUCACCGUGGUGAAGUUCAUUCAGCUGUCAAAGGAGCUGAGGUGUUCCUGGACAACAGUAGAGACAAUCUAACACCAGAUCAGCAAUCCGGUUUACUGAGAUUGUCGGACGAUGUAAAGACUGGAUACGACAAACUCGCGGAUGUAUCACAGGACAACAUACGAAAAACACAGGCUGCUAUAAAUGAUGCGGAGAAACGUAUGAAGGAGAAGAUUGCUGUGGAAGCUAAAUGCAAAGAACAGACAAGUCACAUUGCUAGCAUGCUGGACUGGAUAAAAACAUCAAAAGAAAAGCUGGGAUCUCAGCAACCUAUGUUUGAGGAAGUUCAACCUUUGACCUCGCAGCAAAUGGGGAACAAGGCUAUUCAGGAAGAUGUCAUUGAGCACCAAGAACCGAUAACUGCCACCAUUCAAUCAGCUCAGCUUCUACUUGAAAAGGAGGAAGACAAACUCAGUGACACAGACAAGGAAGAACUACAAAAGGUUCUUGGAGAUUUGAAAACUAGUUACGAUGUCCUCCUCACUCAGUCGGAAACAAGAGUCAAGAAAUUAGAAACGGCAUCAGAAGAACUCAUCAAAUUUGAAGAGGAUCAUGACACUUUCAGGGAAUGGCUCGGUGAUGCUGAAAAUACCCUCUCUGACAUAACAAAGGAGUUGGGUCGGACUCCCGAAGCUGUCAAGGAACAAGUUGAAAAGAUUAAAGAGUUCGCUAAGGAUGUUGAGAAACAUCGCGAGGAGAUGAAUAAUGUGAAUGAAGAAGGACAGAAAGUCAAAGAGGUUGCUCAGGAAUACAAGAAAGACUUGUCUGAGUUCCGUAGCUCAACUCUUCCGAAGCAGUUCAACAAAGAGUUCACGGAGGCACCUCAGCAGAGCGUCAUCAAAGACAAACUCACUAAGACUAAUGAGGAUUACAACAAACUGGCAACUGAAAAUAAACAACAGGUCGAGAAACUUCACGAUGUUCUGGAGAAGCAUAUUGCUUUGAAGUAUGCAGUGGAUGAGGUGUUGCCAUGGCUACAGACGCAGGAAGAGGAGUUAACUGCUCUCGUGACGAAGCCUAUUGCAGCAGAUCCUGCAGCAGUGCAAGUUCAGAUUGAAGAGUUGAAGAAUCUGAAUGAUGCUGUAAUCUCACAAGCACCUCGCGUUGACAGAGUGCUGGAAACUGGUCAUGAACUUGUCGAGGUCCAGUCGGAAAUGAAAUCGGACGUUGAUAAGCUGAUAACUGAUGUGACUGAUAAAUACAAGGCGAUAGAAUCACAGGUGACGGAUAGAUGCAACGUAUUGCAGACUGCACUGACCGAAUCGCAAGGUGUCCAAGAUGGACUUGAUACACUCCUGACGUGGUCAAGUGAUUUGCAUGAUAGGAUUGAACAUCUUGUUGCUACACCAGUUGUGGUUAAGAAAGAUCCACUCACGGCACUGUCACAGCAACAAAAGGUUUUACAGUCUGAUUUGGAGAGCCACAAACCAAGCAUUGAAGCGUUGAAUACCUCAGCUGCCAAAUUAAUGAAAGAGAGUCCACCAGAUGCAGCCAAGACGAUCCAGGACAAACUUGAUGAUCUGAAUGUGAAGUUCUACAAGGAGGAAGAGUUGGUCAAGAAACAUGGUGACUAUGUACAGAGUCGUCUGGAUAAGUUAGCGCAAUUUAUAAAUGAGGCAGACAAACUUGAAGACUGGCUUUUACCGACUCUAGAAACUUUGGAAGGUGUUGAGUUGGAUAAGUUGGAUUUACCGCAGGUAGAUGAAAAACUGAAGAAUGUUGCAAGUGAGACGAAAUCUAAAAAACCUGAAUUCGAGCAGGUGAAAAAACAUGGAGACGAACUUCUGAAAGAUCCAAAAGCUAAUGACACUGAACAAGUCUCUGAAAUUCUCAACAACGUGAACAAGAACUGGGAAGCAUUGCAAGAUGCAUUGGAUAUGAAACGAAGACAGGCGGAUGACAGACAGUAUGCUAAGCAAAGAUUUGUCAGUGCCCACAAGGUUGCGACAAAAUGGCUAGAUGGAAUGGAUGAAAAAGUAGACGAAUUUGAACCAGCAGCAUAUGAUGUGUAUAAAAUACAGGCACAGAUAGAAGAAAACAAGCCAUUGAUGAAGGACUAUACAGAAUUUCAGCCCAAGAUUCUCCAGGUUGCUGAGUUGGGUAAAGAACUAGAUGCAAUAUCCCAACCUAAAACACAGGCCACCAUUGUACCACACAGACGGUCUUCAACUCUGGCAAGCCUUCCAGAUGAGGAAAUCACACCAAUUGCUGUAACACAAGUACAAGCCACUCCAGCUAAAGAUUUUCUCAGAGGUGAGAGUUGUAUGAAAUAA